AUGCCUCCAUCGCACGCCCGGACGGCCUUGUCGGCCUCGAUACGGUGCAAUGCCUGCGUCAAUGCCUCCGUAGCGCGCCGCACCUUUGCUUCCUCGCCCGCCUCGCUCCAGAUCCCUCCCGAAUCUCCCAGAUACAUCGAAGUCCCCAAGGCGCCGCAGCAAACCGCACCGUACACGCCCGUCGUCAAAGGCUCGCUGCCCGUUCCCCGCAACAUCUUUGUCACCCGCAGCAAGGAGGCCAAGGAGUCGGCGAAAUUCCUGCUCAAUGCCACGCGGGAGCCAUCCGACGCAGCACCGCCCAGCGGGCCUCACGCCGACCGCCUCGCUUGGGAGCAACGGUUGGCCGCUUUGAGGAGGAAGAACCUGCGCGAAGGUGUGGCCGCUUUGCACAAGCGCAAGAAACAAUCGGACGAAUACCUGGCCCAGCGCGGCGCUCGGCGCCAGAACGAACAGGUGCGCCUGAUCAAGCAGCCGCCGCGCGAUGACGAGGUCUUCACCAGCCCCAGCACGCCCCUGGCCGUCCGCAACUUCCUCAAGGGCAUGUACUACGUCCCUUCCAAGGUGAAUCCGAAGUGGAAGAGGAAGCGGGUCGAACGCAUAGAGGCGGCGAAGUCGGACGAGAGGAAGGAUAUGCUGCACACGCUCUACGUGCACGCGAGAGAUUACAUUGUGACCGAAGACCAGCUGUCUAAGGUUAUCGAAGACACGUUCGGCACCCAGGACAACCUUCCGGGCUUCGCCGCCUCCAGCAACCAGCAGGGACGCAGCAUCUGGGCCAGAGGCGAGCUGUUGAACAUGGAACAGAUGUUGCAGAACAACCAGGGCUUGGGCAACAGGGCGUUGGAGAAGAUGUCGAUUCCCGAGCUCGUGACUCAGGAACGCAUUCACAGGAUUGCUGAAGAGCUCACCGGCGGCAAGAUUGCGCGUGCGGACGAGGGCCUUCGAAGUUAG